UGUAAGGGAUAUACCCUGGGGUGCUGUGAGGGGGGUUUCCUGGUAGGAGACACAGAGAAGGGCGGGCUGUCUCUGUAACCCGUGGAGGGAUGUGACAGGUAUAAUUGCUGCUCUUUGUGAAUGACACUACAGGGUGGGUUAGGCAUUGUUACCAUAGAGACACAGUGAUGACAUGGAAGGGGCGGGGCUGAGCUCACCUGGCCUCAGGUGAGACUAUGUCUUGCUCCCAUACUGACUGACUGGCCUGGAUUUCUGGGAUCCCAUGUACAGAUGAAGCUGCCCCCUGAGCAAUGGAGUGAGGGGCUCCAGGGCCAGAAGAGAGACUCACCUGGGGCAGACAUGCAGACAGGGGGAGGAGAGACAGCUGGAAACACAUCCCCAGUACAGGAUUUGUCAUCCGCUCAAGCAAUCCAAGUGUCAGAGAACUGCCACAAUGUCGGCCACCCUCCGCCACUGUCCUUCACCCAGCCUGUGUCCUCUACCCUGGCCUUGGAGCCCCCACGGGAGACCUGGGGAGGAAAGUAUGAGUUUCUGCUGUCCUGCAUCGGUUACUGUGUGGGUCUGGGCAAUGUCUGGCGGUUCCCCUACCUGUGCUACAGAAACGGAGGAGGAGCCUUCCUCAUCCCAUAUUUCAUCAUGCUGUUCUUCACGGGUCUUCCCCUCUUCCUGAUGGAGCUGAGCCUGGGCCAGUACGGAGCUGCGGGACCUAUAACGGUGUGGAAGUGCUGCCCUAUUCUGAAAGGUAUCGGCAUUGGGAUGCUACUGGUUUCUGCUCUGGUCUCUCUAUAUUAUAAUGUUAUUAUAGCAUGGACCUUCUACUACCUGGGCCAGUCAUUCCAGAGCCCCCUACCCUGGUCCUGUGAGUCCCCUCUGUAUAUUCAGCUCUGCGCGAAUGUCUCCAGUAAUGGGUCCCAUUUCAGCGCGACAGAAGCGUUCUGGAAUGAGAAGGUUCUGGGAGUUGUACAUAGCUCUGGCCUCAGUAAUCCGGGCCCUGUGCGCUGGCAACUUGCCCUGUGUCUGCUGGCUGCCUGGAUCAUCAUCUUUCUCUGCACCUUAAAGGGAAUCCGCAGCUCGGGGAAGAUUGUGUAUUUUACAGCCACGUUCCCGUACCUCGUCCUGAUUGUACUCAUCAUUCGGGGGGCGACUCUGGAGGGGUCUAUAGACGGGGUGAGAUUCUACCUGUCGGCCGAUUGGGAGAGGCUGCGGAGCGCUCAGGUGUGGAACGACGCGGCGUCCCAGAUAUUCUACUCCCUGGGGAUCGGCUUUGGAGGCCUGUUGUCUAUGGCCUCGUACAAUAAGUUUGAUAACAACGUUAUCAGGGACACGCUGGUCAUCGCCAUCGGGAACUGUUGCACCAGCUUCUUUGCUGGAUUUGCCAUUUUCUCUGUGUUGGGUCACAUGGCCUGGAAAAAGAAGGUUCCGGUGGGAGAGGUGGCGGACUCAGGUCCUGGCCUGGCGUUCGUUGCUUACCCAGAAGCCCUUGCUCUAUUGCCUGGCUCAGCCUUCUGGUCCAUCCUGUUUUUUCUGAUGCUCUUCACUCUGGGAGUGGACACUCUGUUUGGGAACAUGGAGGGGAUCGUCACGGCCGUAUUGGAUGAGGUCCCAUAUCUCAAGGAAUGGAAGCGGAAGGCAAUGUUCCUGGGAGCUCUAUGUUUCUUCUUCUACCUGAUGGGGCUGCUGCUGGUCACUGAGGGCGGCAUUUACUGGUUCACCCUGAUAGAUUCCUACAGCACCAGCUUUGGCCUCAUCAUCAUCACUCUCUUCAUGUGCCUCGGUAUAGCCUUCUUCUAUGGUGUGAACCAGUUCUGCCAGGAUAUUGUGGACAUGGUCUCUAGAUGCCCCUCCUGGAGCACCAAAAUCCUUGUGUAUUUUAAGGUGUGCUGGGUCUUCUGCACACCCGUCCUGCUGCUGUUUAUUCUGUUCUACAUCUUCCUGGAAAUGUAUAACACCCCGCUGCGCUACGGCCGCUACGAGUACCCCCGCUGGGGCAAGGCGCUGGGUAUAUGUAUGGGCUCUCUGUGCUGCAUCCAGAUUCCCAUCUGGGCUGGGGUGGCAAUCUUCCGCCAGUCCGGGACGCUGCUGGACAGAUUCAAGAAUUCCAUUCGCCCUCUCAACUCCUGGCGCACAUCCAGUGGGCAGCGCGACCAGACCAGCUCCAUCAUCGAUGUCCCCUACACCGUGAACUUGACGGACCAAGACUUCAACGACCCCGUUUGGCUGAGUGAGGGCACCAGCGAGGUCUGACGGGCAGAGCGGACGUUCACCAAUACCUCAUUUAUCAGGAGAGCGCAGGGAUUAUCUCCCUGACAAUGCUGACCACUGCCAGCGUGGGCCGGACGUGGUAGGCUCCACGGGCCAGGAGAUGGGUCCGCCUGGCUGAUAUCUCCUGAGAGUUUCCCUAAUCCCAUGUACAUAUCCUUUCCCACCUUCACUUCUUCCUUCCUCCGCAGAGCACCGGCCGUCAGAGACAGCGGCGUGGAAUUGUUUACCGAUUGUAGGACCUGAAGGUCUCUGUGGGUUUUUCCCGAUGGAUGGAGACGUUGUGCGGACCAGGCCAUGGCUCUAUCAUGGAAACCGCUGGCUAGGACAACCUCAAGUUAUGGCUGCAGUGACUCCAUAUUGAAACACAAAGUCUGGCUGGCGGGAAGCGGAGUGAGUGGGACCAGCGCCUAAUCUGAUCACUGGGAAUACUGGUUCCGCAGGAUAAUCACCACAAUGUCUCAUUCUACAAAUCAGGUCUCACCGAACGGAUCUCAUCAGCCAAAUGACUGACAAUUAGUCUCAGCCCAAUAGUCAGUGAUGGAACCGGUGCUAAGCCAUGCUCCAAUCAGUGCAAAGUAUACUAAUGACCACAAGGGGGUGCACACGUGAAGAUUUACAUCCGUACAGAACAGGCGUAGGUAAUGUGUGGCUCUCCAACUGUUGUGGAACUACACAUCCCAGCAUACUCUGCCAUAGUUUGGCUGUUAGGGCAUGCUGGGAUGUGUAGGGGCUAUGCCUAGUUUAUAUAGCAUUAUAGUGUUUUCUGCUUAGAAUCACGCGUGUCAGCCCCCGGGCUAGCGAGCGCCACACGCGCGGCAGCCCCCGGGCUAGCGAGCGCCACACGCGCGGCAGCCCCCGGGCUAGCGAGCGUCACACGCGCGGCAGCCCCCGGGCUAGCGAGCGCCACACGCGCGGCAGCCCCCGGGCUAGCGAGCGCCACACGCGCGGCAGCCCCCGGGCUAGCGAGCGCCACACGCGCGGCAGCCCCCGGGCUAGCGAGCGCCACACGCGCGGCAGCCCCCGGGCUAGCGAGCGCCACAUAAGACAGCUGGUUUGUUGCAUUGCUGGGACGGCACGCACCUGAUCACUAAAUAUUUUCUCUCUUCGCAAUUUACAUGAAACACUCCUUUGCCCUUAUUUAUUAAUGAGUGAUACAUUUCACUGUGAGUGAUAAAUUGCACCAGCCAAUCAGCUCCUAACUUCCAUGUCACACGCUAGGUAGGAGGUGAUUGGCUGGUGCAAUUUAUCACUCACAUUUAUGACUCAUUGAUAAAUAGGGGGACUUGUACGGUAUAAUAUACGUUAUAUUGGUGCUGAAUACAGAGCGCUAUGGCGGAAUCCCUGUAUCGGAAAGCAGAUGCAAUGUCCGGUAUAUUGUCGGCCUCCAUAUAAGAGCAUUGUAAAGGUGUUGCACUGACCUGCAGCAUACGCCCCAGGAGCGGAAUCCUACCGUAAUUCAUCUCAUUCCAGGGGCGGAGCCUGCGCCCUCGGAAACACUCAUGUAUUAUUCUCCCAGGACAGAUUCAUAGGAUCAUGUCAUCCAUACGCAGCAAUAAGCCCCACAGUGCCAAGAGCCCCAGGAAAUGAGUGUGACACUGGUGUUACGGGAAGGUAACCGGUCUCCGUGUGCCCGUUGCGGGUGUGGAUCGCCGCAGUGAAUGCUCUGCCACCCCCACGGUCAGCGUCUGUGUGAAUCCGGAUUCUUCCAGGACUCUGGAUCCGUUUUUAUACUUGAAUUGAUGCCAUUAUUCUAAUUUUCCAAUUUAAUGUUCGUAAUACGAAAGAAAAUGAGAUUGGUUAAUGCCAAACCGCUGUACUGUAUGCACAUAGACAAAUAGAAAUCACUAAUAAACGCACGUAUAUUUCUGUGUAUUCUGAUCAGAGGUUUCCAUCCUUAUGUACAGUAUCAUGUGACUGAGAAACGAGCGCUCGUGGGAACACCCAGGAUCCAGUGUAUAAAUCCGCAGGAAUCCUGAGGUAGGGAUGGCCAUCAACUAUCAACAAUUUAAAAGCAUCGAUGGUUUAUGAUCAAUGUUGAAUAGUUUUGCCAUCGAAGGGGAUAGAACCAGCUGGUUUCCCACCAUCGACGGCAUGUAACCAUCAAUGGUCAUCUACUGCAUAGUAUGCAACCAUCAAUGGAAACAUGCCGGUUCUCCAUCGAUGGUAGGCACACC